CAUCCCGAUCUGUUGGUUCGAUUGUUUAUUUUGCAAUUUUUACAUACUGUUAGAAAUAAAGUUGUUAACUGACGAUUCAAGAUUUAUAAUGAGAAAACAAUGAGCUGGAAUCCAUUCAGUCGACAUACAGCUCCAAAAAAGAGUGUGAUAUCUAGAACUGAAGAAAGAGAACUUGUUAAAGAAAUAAAAAAGCUAGAUCAACAUGGUGAGACCAGUAAAAAAUUACAAAAGGAUGCCAAACGAUGGGUUGAAGCAAAUAAUGCUGUUGCAGGGAGUGAACACAAAAUAACACAAGAUCUGCUUUCAUGUCAGCUUUGUCAGUCUGAACCAGAGUUCUAUAAACAGAUAGAAGAAUGGAACAAAACUGUAGAAAAACAAGCUCAAUCUACGAGAGAGUUGAAUGGUACAGUACAGAAGACCGUUAUUGAGCCAGUGAAAAAGUUAAAUGGAGUAUACCCAAGUAUUGACACUGCCAUAAAGAAAAGGGAACAAAGUUUACAGGAAUAUAUGAAAAGUCAAGCAAAACUAGAGAAAUAUCAGGAAAGAGAGAGAACAGGACAGAAUAUUGUUAAACUGGAAACUAGUAAGAAGUCCUUGAUUGCAGCUAAAGAAGAUUUUACUAGUCAAAAUAAUGCUUUAAAGGAAGAUAUACCCAAGUUUAUUGACAUGAGAACAGAAUAUAUACAGCCUUCUCUUGAAUCCUUGAUUAAAUCACAGGUUGCCUUGAAUGCAGAAUCUGUCAGAUUGUACACAGAACUAUCAGAACAUAUGGGAAGCAAGGAGGACAAUUCUAUACAACAGACAUUAACAGAGAUAAAAGCAUUGUCAAUAACAGUGGACUGAUAUAUCUCUACCAAUAGUUUUUUCUCAUGCAGAUAAUUUCACUGGAAUGGAAUGUUUCUGAUUCUUCAGUUUACUUCAAAAAUAACAUUAAAUUUGUAACACCAACCAGUAAGACCUAAAGGUAGAUUUUUUUCAAUUAUAAUGGUGAAAAUUAGGCCCAAACAGUUCAUUUUAUAUGCCUUUUUUAUUCAUGACUAAGAAAAUUGUAAUGUUUUUUAUUUUUCAAUUUAAUCUUCUAAAAUGUUACUAAUAAACUCAUCAUAGAUACCAGGAUUAAAUUUUGGUACUCCAAACACACAUUUUGUCUACAAAAGACU